CUGCUGAAAGGAGGUGGUGAAGGAGGAGCCCGAGCAGCUGCUGCCAACCCGCAGGCACCCGAGUCCUGCCCGCUGCCGCAGGAGUAGCCAGCCAGGCACGAUCGGGCCAGACGUCUCCUCCUCCAUGAUCACUUUGGGAGCCGGGGGAAGACUUUGCCCGGCUGUACGAGCGGGUCUGCAUUUCCCAGGCGCAGCAGCGGCGGAGCAGCAGCGGCGGACUCGGGCUCCGAGCGCCCACAACCCGGGGCGUGUGCGCCCCGCGCGGAGCGGGCUCGGGCUCCCCGCGGAAUGUUCCCGGGGCGCCCGGCGCGCUGAGCCCCCCAGCCGCCUCUGCCUUGGGCGCCUGCACCCUUUCUCCCGCCAGCUCAGCUUUUGGGACUGAUAGCACCCCAGCUCGCUCCUAGGCGGUGGGGAAGCCCCCGGGGGGUGGGUGGGUGACCUCAGCUGGCCACAACCCAGCCCUCCCCCCGUGCAUAUCUCGCUUAAGAUGGCAGCGGAGUCAGGGGAACUAAUCGGGGCUUGUGAGUUCAUGAAAGAUCGGUUAUAUUUUGCUACUUUGAGGAAUAGACCAAAAAGCACAGUAAAUACCCACUAUUUCUCCAUCGAUGAGGAGCUGGUCUAUGAAAAUUUCUAUGCAGAUUUUGGACCUCUGAACUUGGCAAUGGUGUAUAGGUACUGCUGUAAACUGAACAAGAAGCUAAAGUCUUACAGUUUAUCAAGAAAGAAAAUAGUGCACUAUACCUGUUUUGACCAACGGAAACGAGCAAACGCAGCAUUUUUGAUAGGCGCUUAUGCUGUAAUCUAUUUAAAGAAGACUCCAGAAGAAGCCUACAGGCUACUCCUCUCUGGCUCAAAUCCCCCCUACCUUCCGUUCAGGGAUGCUUCCUUUGGAUAUUGCACUUACAAUCUCACCAUCCUCGACUGCUUGCAGGGAAUCAGAAAGGGAUUACAACAUGGAUUUUUUGACUUUGAGACAUUUGAUGUGGAUGAAUAUGAACAUUAUGAGCGAGUUGAAAAUGGUGACUUCAACUGGAUUGUUCCAGGAAAAUUUUUAGCAUUUAGUGGACCACAUCCAAAAAGCAAAAUUGAAAAUGGUUACCCCCUUCAUGCCCCGGAAGCCUACUUUCCUUAUUUCAAAAAGCAUAACGUGACUGCAAUCGUGAGGCUGAAUAAAAAGAUUUAUGAGGCAAAGCGCUUCACAGAUGCUGGCUUUGAGCACUACGACCUGUUCUUCAUAGACGGCAGCACACCCAGUGAUAACAUCGUGCGGCGCUUCCUGAACAUCUGCGAGAACACGGAUGGUGCCAUCGCCGUGCACUGCAAAGCUGGUCUUGGAAGAACAGGAACAUUGAUAGCCUGUUACGUAAUGAAACACUACAGAUUUACACAUGCUGAAAUCAUUGCUUGGAUCAGAAUAUGCCGGCCAGGCUCCAUUAUAGGACCCCAACAGCACUUCCUGGAAGAAAAGCAAGCAUCAUUGUGGGUUCAAGGAGAUAUUUUUCGAUCCAAAAUGAAAAAUAGACCAUCCAGUGAAGGAAGUAUUAAUAAAAUUCUUUCUAGCUUGGAUGAAAUGACUAUUGGUGCAAACUUAUCUAAGAUACAAAACGUGGAGAGAUUUGGAGAGAAUAAUUUAGAUGAAGAUGAAGAUGUGGAGAUGAAGAAUGGUAUAACCCAGGGAGAUAAACUACGUGCCUUAAAAAGUCAGAGACAGCCACGCUCUUCGCCAUCCUGUGCAUUUCGGUUGGAUGACAUAAAAGGGCAACCAAGAUCAGUGUCACAGCCUUUCAGAUUGAGCUCUUCCCCACAAGGAUCUUCAUCUUUGAAGACCUCGAAGGGGGCUUUGUCUCCUUCAGCAACGGCCAAGAGGAUAAACAGAGGUUCUUUGUCUUCAGGAACCGGCGUGAGGAGCUUUUCCAUCAACUCUCGGCUAGCCAGUUCCCUUGGGAAUCUGAAUUCUGUCACAGAUGAUCCAGAGAACAAAAAGAUCUCACCAUCCUCUAAGCCAGGUUUCACAGCCAGCCCGUUCACUAGCCUCAUGAAUGGCAGCACCCAGCCGGCUGCCAGAAAUUACCCUGAGCUCAACAACAACAACCAGUACAACAGAAGCAGCAGCAGCAGCACGGGGAGUAACCUGAACACCCACCCUGGUCCCCACAGCGCCAAGACAGAGGAACAUGUCACCCCCCUCCGACCCUCCUACACCGGGCUUUCUACUUCUUCAGCAAGAUUCCUGAGCCGCUCCAUCCCCGUAAGUUCGCAGACACCACCUCUUGAUCCUCAGAACCCUGAAUGCAACUUUUGUGCCUUGCCUUCUCAGCCAAGGCUGCCAUCAAAGAAAUUUAAUAGCGCCAAGGAAGCCUUCUGACCAAUGCCUUCUCUCUGCGUUGUGUGACACUGUCUUAGCACCUACAGUCUGCUGGCUCCUUUUCAAGUAAAUGCCUAGU